CUAAACAUGCUAGUAGUCUUCUCAGUUUUGUCUGUUUUUGUUGUACAUUAAUUCAAAGAUCUUAAUUUGGUUUUCUGUUCUUUCAGAAGCAGCAGAAAAUUAUGAAGACAAUGAGGGAUAUCAUAAAGGAAAGACAACACGAUGCAGAAGAGACAAAGAAACAGAGAUAUGACUUCUUGGACCACCUCAUUGACGAAAUGAAGUCUCAGAGUUUCUUAACAUACGAUUUCAUUACUUAUGUCAUGUUUGCUCUUAUGUUCGCCACCAUGGAGACGAUUCCGGCUACAUUAACUCUGGCAAUCAAGUUUAUGAAAGAACAUCCUCUUGUGCUGCAAGAGUUAAUGAGAGAACAUGAGGUCAUCAUGAAAAAGAAAGAAGAUGCUAAAUGUGGACUGACUUGGGAAGAUUACAAGUCAAUGACUUUUACAAUGAAUGUGGAAUACAGUGAAGGAAGGUAAAAUUUCCAGGGCUCCAGUGUUGGAUUUUGGAGAUGGCUACUACGUUAAUGUCAGCAAAAAGUAGAAUGAAUUUGUUGUGGCUAACAAUUGUCUAUAAACAGGAGAAAGAUCC